CUUAGAUUUAAUUCAACUUCUUCUAAUGUAAUAAAAAUAAAUAGUCAAAGUAAUUGACGAAUGCAAUAUGAUUUAUUAAGUUAACAAAUUAUUAAUUAUUUAUAUUAGAUAAAUUGUGGAAAUUGUUUUACAAUCUCGAUAUUUAUGAUAUUUAUAAAAGAAAUCAGAAAAAGAUCAAAGAAUAAGAAACUUAAAUAAUAUUUUACAGCAUUGUUUUUAUGCGAAACGUCACUAAUAUUUAUAAUUAUCAAAGAACGUAUUUUAGUAAACAAAUAUCAAAUGAAUAGGUUAGAUCUACUACCUGUAGAUACGAUAUUUUUUAUAGUUACUUUGAUCCCUGACUACGUCACAUUGGUAAUCGUUCUUUCAGUAUUUUUCAAACAAACUAAAAAAUAUCUUUGCUAUUAAUCAUUGUCAGUCGAUAGUGUUUAAUCGAAACAAAUAAUUUUACACACGUGUACAUCAUCUAUUAAUUGAAAAAUGUCACAUAAACUUUGAUUACUAUCUACUACAGCUCGGGAAGUCAGAAAGAUAAAAAAAAUUCAGGAAUAGUGAGUUUUCAUCUAGUGAUUUUCGUACGGUUUCGUUAGUAACACUGCGCCAUGUUUACACGCGCGAACCUCUCGCUUCUUUGAACGUAACGCGCACGAUGCCGAAAAUCCGUGCGACGUUAAAUACAUCGCUUUCACAAUCGUGCGCCUAGAUUCGUAAGAAGCGGGGAGGGCAAGAAUUCGAUGUUCGUCGGUGAGACCUCGAGUCGCAUUAAUCGCCUGAUACGGUCUGAAAUCCGCUGGUUCGCUCGCGUCGUGUGUCAAUUCCAUCGGAACGUGUGCAGGCGCGUGACUAGCUUUUAACAGUGACGUUCGUCGGUUCAUGACGUUUGCACAACGAACGUCCGCGCUACGAACGCAAUUUCCACAGACAAUAACGCUCGCAGCGAACGUUCGGGCGAAACAUCGGCCUGCUGGUGUUCGACAACUCUUGCUGAUCGAUAAAUCUCGCGGACCGUGACAAAACGUCGACGUCGUUCGCUGUGGAUUUUCCCGUUUACGUGGGCCAACCAGCCAGAAACAAACGAAGGCUGCCCCCGAGGAGAGACAGAGACGGGAGACAGCAAGCAAGAAGGAGAGGUGCUGAUUCGCGGGACGGGAAAGAGUCGGAGAAAGAAGGCAAGACGUGCGUAGCAAGAGAGAGAGAGAGGGCACUCUCAGUGCCGGAGCUUUAUCUUUAUUAUGCGCCGCUGAGUGAAUUGUCAAGUGAAAUCAGAAAUGGCUGCCAACGAGCAACAACGCAAGGAAUCACGAGAAUUAAGAGAACCAGCCCAUCAUGCAAGGAGACCAAUGAAUGCUUUUCUUAUUUUUUGUAAACGACACCGUGGUUCAGUGCGAUCUGGUUUCCCACAUUUGGAAAAUCGAGCAGUUACUAGGGUUCUUGGAGAAUGGUGGGCCACCCUUCAUCCAGAUCAGAAACGUUCUUAUACAAACUUAGCACAGGAGUACAAAGAUGCAUUCUUAAAUGCAAAUCCUGACUUUAAAUGGUACAAAUUGCCAGCACCUCCUUUACGUACUUUGAAUACUAGGCCUACAAACAAAAAGGCAGAAACAAAUCCUAAUGAGCAACUAGCAGAAAAUGUAAAAUCUGAGAACAAGUCUUCCGAUUAUUCAAAAUCUGACAAGCGAGAUGGACAAUCAAUUCAACCAGGAAAAUUAGCUGAUGAAUCCCAAAUUGGUGGCCUCAGUUCAUUAUUCACACCUCAGAAAACACAAGCAACAGAUGAACAAGUGACUGUUAAUGAUUCUGUGAUUGAAAAUGAUACUGAAGUUCCAAAACCUCCUAAGAAACGAUAUUUAGAAGUACCUUUUUCACCUGAUAAUAAGAGAGAAUGCAAAGCUGAUCUUUUUGAUGCAAAAAAGAGAAGAAAAUCUGAAUCAAAUAAUAAUGUGCAUCAAUGUGUAAGCAAUCUUUUUAAUCAGGACACAGAAGAUGAGAAAAUAGAAAUAAAUAAUUUUAUAACUACAAACAUGCCUUCAGAAGAAAGUAAUUUUAGAAGUGAACGAACAUGCAAAGGUUUGCGUUAUCAAAAGUUCCUUGCUGAACAAAUGAAAAAUGUUGGUGUAUCAGGACAGCAGCCUAAGAGAAGAAGACAAACUGGAAAUCGUAGCAAUGAUGGUCAAGUAAACGAAAGAAGAAAUUCUAUUUCUUCAAAUGUUAGUGAGAAAACAGAUUCCUUAAGUAGUGAAGGUGGAAAUAGCUCUCGCGGUGAAUUAGAGCAUCUUGUUGAAAGUGCUGAGGGAAAUAUAGAAGCGUCAAAGCCAGAAGAGACAGAAACUGAAGGCACAGAAGGACAAGUUGAUUUUGGACCAUGGACUGCAAGAAAAAGGUUUCGAGCUGAGGAUUUUAAUUUAGAAAAGAAAAUUGAAGCCUUACCAUCUUUAAGUUUAGAAGAAUUUCAGGAAAAGAAGAAACAACAACGUACGAAAAAGAAAAAGAUUGUACAAAAAUUAACAUCAACUACGAAUAACAAAAGGCAUCAGAAUAAUUUUGAUACCAAUGAUCAAGUAAACAAUCAAAACAAUGCAAAAAUAUCUCAAACAGAACGUGAAAAUUCAGAAGAUGCUGAGAAACUUCUAGUUGGAAGUCAAAAAAGGAAAGCACGAAAACAGAGCAUUACACGCAACGCGGCAGCUAUAAACGAUUCAAAGCAAGUUGAAAUUGAGGAACCCAACAAACCGUGGUGUGCAUCGCCGGACUUAGAAGCACUGGCAUGUCUUGCAGCAGUUGCCGCCAACAGAACAAAACUUACCAAAAAUAAUACAUAAGAAAUAUUUUUCAUAUUUAACAGUCAUUUAUGACGUAAACUUGUAUUAAGUAAACCAAAAUCUCUUAUUCAUUUAUUUCUUAAUACAAUUUCUUAUUAGCUGAAUUUAUUGAAAUAUAAUUACUUUGAUUGCUGUUAAAAAAAAAAGAAUUAAUAACGUUUCCAAUUUAUCAGAAAUAUACUACGUUAUUAUUGUUAAUAUCUAUGUCGUUAAUCGCUGUUAAUAUGAAUAUUAAUACUGUGACUGCUAUAAUUAUUUUGUCAGUCAACAUGUAAAAAUAUUUCUUUUAUGUUGCAUAAAUGUCCCACAAAUGUGGUUUAUGGAAUAUAGUUUCUUGUAUAGUUUGUUAAUGAAUAAUCUUGUUACUAUUACAUAUUGAAGAAAGAUUCUAGUUUUCACUUUGCGUUGCGUGUAAUUAUUAAAAUAUUACGUUAAGCAUACUUGUUAAUAAAUACCUGCAGUGCAGAUGAUAGCCAUUCUACCUAACUUGAAACAAAAAAUGCCCGCAUAUUGAUAUCCAUUGGGAAAUUUGUGCAACCUCCAACAAAGGAUGAGUCAUAGUCAUAUAGGACCUGAUUAGGUAAAUAUUCAGUGAAGGAAAGGAAAGGUGCAUGGAAUAAAAAGAAUGUUAGUAAGAGUGUAUUAUGUGACGAUAUUGGUAAAGCAAGGAUUUGUGAUCUUGCAAAAUAAUUUUUCUAUUGUAAAAUAUCAUAAAUACGAUCAGGAAGGAACAGCAACAAAAUCGUGAACCUUAACGAAGCCGAUGAGCAGGGCAUUUUAUCAUAUCUAUGUGUAGUAACUAUAACACGUAAUAACUGCAAAGUCACUGUUUUUCGGUUACUAUUUUUGUUAUUACCAUCGGCGUACAUUUUAUCUAUAUUUCAUUAUGUUCUGUAAACAUUUUAUGUACAUAGAAAUAGGUGCAGUAUUAUGGAAGAUAUCCUUCAUGAUCUGAAUAUCAAAAAAGGAUAUAAUCAAAAUAUAUAUGUAUAAAUAUAUAUAU